AUGAAACUUUGGCGGCUCUCUCGGGCCCAACCUAUAGUCUGGGCACGCAUGAACUCGGUCCUUGCCCGCCCGCCUAAAAAACCUCUCAAGCCAAAUCUCCAUACUCUUCGGCGGCUGAACCCGAACGACGCAGAUUCUGCCAUUCUUUCGUUGCUAGAGAAACAUAGCCAGUCGCCUGUUGGUCCCGCAGAAUUGCAGCAGCAUGUGCGGCCUGUGACCUCCAUCACCGUAGGUGGCUCUAUCAACUUGGGUAAAGUGGCAUCCAUCCUCACAUCUCACGGUCUAAAUCAUCGUGUUGUUGUGGAAGACGAGGUACUUUCGUGGGGAGGCCGGCACGAGUCUGAUGUGAUGGUAUUAGCCAACGGAACAUUGGUUGGCUGGGGUAUGACUGAGGCGCAGAUGAUGAAGGCACAUGUGCCCACGAUUAUGGAUGCAGUGCAAGAACGAUGCGAGCCCGAAAGCGAAGAGAUGGACUUUGUGGACCUCGACACAAACGCUUCGUUCAUGCAAGGCGAUAUAUUGGUGUUGCAAAGUCAGCAAGAGGAGCAACAGCGGCUUUUGGAAAUGGCGGCGUUUGCACUUGGUCUCUCUCGUGCUACGCGGUUGCUGGUGUUGGAAGAAAGUUUAGAAAGGCACAUUCGGCUCACGCGUGAAAACUCCGAAGCGCUUCUGAAAGGAUUGAGGCUCGAUUCGAAAGAGGAGGACAUUUUGCGAAUGACAGGGCGUCUCUUUCUCAUUAGAGGGAAACUCAAUCUUUACUCGGAGCUUAUCGAGACUCCUGAUCUCUACUGGUCGGAACCAACGUUGGAAAAAAUAUACGAGGCUGUGAGUCGGCGCCUCGAUGUCCUGCUGCGUAUAUCCAUUAUGAACCGCAAAUUGGACUACAUGACAGAAGAGCAGCGGGCUCUCCUUGGUGUUUUAAAUGAAAAGAAAAGCACAAGGCUUGAGUGGAUCAUUAUCGUUCUUAUCAUGGUGGAGGUUUGCUUUGAGACUUUUCAUUUUGUGGAGAAGUGGCCAAGAAAUGAAGAGGAGAGGGUCUAG